AGGGGACGGAGGGGGGUUGCCUGGGUUUCGCCGCCCUCGGCCGACCGCGACGGCGCCCACCGUGGGCGGAGGCGAGGGCGUGCGCGCCGCCGUGCUCUUCCACGAGGACCCCUCGGAUACGUUCGACUGCGCCAUGAUAGUGCUCAACGGGGAGGGAGCGGAGAUGUCCGAGACGAACAACAACGCUCUGGAUUUGAUGUACAUUAUGGCCUCGGGCGAAGAUGGCCAGGUCGAGCUGGAAAUUCGCGGCGACGACGCGCCCCGGCGCCUCACAAGAGGAGACGAGGCGCUGAUCCCCGCUGGCAGGGAGUACUCGCUGAGGAGAGAACUGCGGCCGCGACGAGGACAAUCCUGCCAGGCUGAUCGCGGUCGUGCCGCGCGGAAGCACGUGAGAGGCCGCGCGUUCCGCCCGGCCCAUCCUGUAUCUUGUAUCGUUGUUGCCAUUUGCCUGGGUGGCCACGAGGACUGGCACGCGGUCGCCGCUUGCGUGUAGUCGCGAGCAUUGUGUUCUGAAUCUCCGUCGGUGCCUUCGUCGUUGUCAUCCUGUCUUUUGCUUUUCAACAGCAUUGGCGCGCGAAUCUGGGCAGGUGCUAGCGAUUGCUAGCGUCUCUGUGCGGCAGCCUCCGUCGUGCAUGUACAGCAGCUUCUGCUUGUCUGCGAACGCCUUCCAUUGUUCGGAUGUUGGCAAGUCAAUGGUUGCAACAGAAACAUUGAUGCUGACAGCUCCAGUCCUCAUGGUCUUGCGCGUCCUGCUACUCGUCCUUCUCGCCCUCCAGGGCCCG